AUGGCAAUCGUGCACUCUCACUUGCCCUUGUCUCGGGGCAGCGGACCUAAUAUUAUCGUGGUAAAGACAAGUACCGUCUGCCUUGUCCAUACACUGUCCUUUGCUCAGACACUCGGUUCUCAUAAGCUCAAUCGCAGCCAGUGUGCUUCCUCACGGGCGUCGGGUAACGCAACACGAGUGAACGACGUCACAGCGAGUCAGUGGCCGGGCAAGGGAACCAGCUGUGUACAGGAAGUCGUCAGCAUGCUCACUUCAGAACAUACAGGGCAGAAGAAAGGCCGCAAGCCGCAGCUACACCACAAUAGCAAAAGCGUCUCCUUUGCCCCUCUCUUUCCCUCUGGUGGCAUCCCAUACACACAACAGGUCCUCGUUGUCUCUUCUCCCAUCGAUCAAGACUACGCUUCCUCGAGCUCGCAGUGCAGCUCAGCAAGUAGUAACACUACUCACUUUUCGAUACUUACCAGCUCGGAGAACAGCCAACCUCACACUCCAUGUGACGAUUCGUCGCUGGUCAGCCUUACGCCGAUUGUUCCCCCUCGGCAACCGCCGAGAAAGAAGUUGGUGGGAUUAUCCGCUAUACAGCGGUCCUAUCUCGAGGAGAAGGAAGAGGGUUCCUCCGGUCAGCGAGACUUUACCUGCGGCCGCUCCUUGCCAAAGCCUUCAGCUUGCUACUUCUCCUGGCCUGAACCGCAACAGACCCGUCACAAGUCGUCAAAUCCUCCACGAUGCCCCUCCUCACCACAGGUGUCCCUCUCGCCGCAAUCGUCUAGAUCUUUGUUAUCGCCACACAGGAACAGCAUGCAAAGACCGGGAGGGCGUGAUCGUUCAGCGUCCAUCGCGAGCCACACAGGCAGCUCAGGACCGAUACGUCUGCGUCGGCAGUCUACGUCUUCUCACUCUUCCUCCAUUUACGGCGAUGUAACCUCCAAGAGUAGAAGACCUAGCAGGCUGACGGUUAGUACAGACGAAGUGGACAAGAUGCGCAGAGCCUCGAGCGUCUCCCUGCAACAGGCGCUGCACACGUCCGCGGGCACCAUCGAAUCGGAAUCCCAACGGACAGAGCUAAGUGGUUCCACGGGCGCUCAUCUGACUCGACCUCGGGCGAGCUCUAGACCAGCGCUGGGAACGAAUUCUCCUCUCUUGCCCACGUAUCACGCAAAUGGGGUCACGUCUGCAACUCCCCCUGGUUUUUCAGGUCGGAUCCGAGGGGUCACUCUACCUUCUCUCCGCGAGCUGGGCAUCAUACCCAAAUCUCGCCUCGACAUGGGACUCGGAUUGGGACCGGGACUGGGACUCACUCUCAGAAGUCCAGUGACCGGUACCGCUAAAGGUAAAGGAAUCAGUACGGUAGCUAGGCGUGAUGCGUACCCGGCCUGGGGAGAAGCGCCUGGUAGCCCUGCGCCCUUUUCCUCCAGAGCCCAGUCGGUCUCCCCUGUGGACUCAAAGGAUGGAAUAGAUAUUGGGUUGCUCGGAGACUGA